AUGACAGCGGGAAUUAACGUAGAUUGCCCAACUUGUACGCGUCUGAAAGCAGGAAUACGUGUUUUUCCUUCCAAUCGGACGCGUCUGCCUUCAGAGGCCAGAAAAUCUUGCAACAAAUCGAAGACCGGCAUGGGUUUGAUCAGUGGGGCCCUCUUGUACCCGCCGCGGCCGUGUUCGACUCGAAUUUACGCUACCUGUAUCGUGACCACACUCCUACUACUCGCAAGACAUCGUCAUCCAGACUCGGAUAUGUUCAAUUUCGACUCUGAUUGGCAGCCUGACCCGGACUCUCAGCAUCAACAUGGCCCUGGGCAACAGAGUCACAGUGAAUCAGGAUGGUCCGGCCUGCCACAGCUCAAUCAUUCUGAUUCAGGUCAACGAUCACUGCAGGAGAGUCUGCCGCAGCAUGAACCUGACUUAGUACCAGCAGGUGGCUACCACGCUCAAUCUCACGGCCCCCAGCUGGGGUAUGGCGAUGAUCUUCAGGCCGCUAAUUCCUCUAACUCCAAUGUGCAUGAGAGCUCAGAUAACGCAGAGUUAUUUAACUACGGUCAUGGGUAUCACAGUCUUCACCUAUACGACGGCUACUCGAACAUUCCCUGGCAAGGCUACAACGACGGUAGUACUAGCACCAAUUUUGGUGCUCACGGUGACUACCUGUCUGCAGGCAGCAGCAGUCAGUUGCGUAUGGAGCCACCGCCGCAUACAUUCCCAGACGGGCACAAUGCGGUCGUCGUCCCUCACGCUGGUCCCGUCCCUCACGCUGGUCCCGUCCCUCACGCUGGUCCCGUCCCUCACGCUGGUCUCCCUCACGCUGGUCCCGUCCACGACUCCACGGCUCCGCAAACCAUACACAAUCUUCAACUCCCUGCUGACGCCUAUACUAUGGCGUCCAGCAGCUCGCACAGCGAGUACUACUUCGCGACAUCUCACACCGACUCGAACGACCCUCAGCCCCCCUCCGACCCCAUGCCUCAUGUGACCCAAAAGUUGGGCCGGAGUGUUCGACCGAGCAGCCGUAAAGCUACGAGCUCUCGGACGAAGUUUCUCACCUCCAAACAAAUCCCCCAGGAAUCACCUUUGUCCAUGAUACAAACGCCCUCAUCGCUGUCGCUAGGUUUCACAUCGCCGGAGUUCAUACGAGACGUAAAAGAGGAUGCUCGAACGACUAUGUUUAAGUUUUUGUUCCAAGAAAACCUUUUCCCGUCCACGACAGAGAACUCCGCUAUCGCUAAGAGAGCACUGGACGAUACGAUCGCUCGGUACUCUACCACCAAAGGUGUUAAUGGGGUCGACCUCGUCCAUUGGAAAUCUGGGCAAGAUGGUAAAAAUUUACUUGCGAGGAUGAAAGCGGUUGUGAAGGAAAUACACAGUGACUUCGAGCAGGUCGCUACGUUCUCCUGGAUAUCUGCCUACGCAUUGAGUCACAACAUAUCCAUGACUAAAUUUGACAUGGAAACAGCGCGGAUCACAAGACUGACUGCCCUACUGUCAAAUUUUCUAUUCGCCGAUGAGGUCAUUCAGAUGACUAUGGACGACGGGAGAAUUAUAACGUACCGAAUCCCGUUUGGCCACCCGGCCGUCUUUGACUUGCUAGAACAUAUAAUAAACAACAUGCAGUACUCUCGUUACGUUCCCUUCGACCAAGAGGACUGGAAACGCUACCUCACCAAUGCCAUCUUCCUUGCAGCAACUUCACGUGGUUGGUCGCUGGAGAAAGGUUUGGCGGGCCCUUGGUCUGGGGCUAUAGUGUUUGAGUCCGCGGAAAACAGGGCCCGUUACGAGACCAUGAAGUCUCGCCUGCCCGCGUUGUCUGAUGAUGAAACGUUGAGGGUAACUCUAGAUCCUGAAAGUAGCACAACUUCGGAUAGGCUCAGUUCGACCAAAGGACUCGGAUGA